AUGGAGAGCUCAGACAGCAUGAAGCAGGAAUCCAGAUCGAAGUCAGCUUUGUGGGGGGGCACACCGCAAUACGACUAUGUCUGCUUUGAGAAAUGCACCCAUUACGGGAUACCCUUGGAGGCAGGACGCGAGGCCGGGGGGACAGGGGACGACCUGCACUGCCUGGAGAACUCUCUCAGCCACCCACAGCUUUAUGGCCAAUACACAGACCAAAUAACUGACUUUGCAGAGAAGGAAGCAGCAAAACUACUGAAUACAAGGCAGACCCAAAAGAACAAGGAAAGACCCCUGAAACGUCAGAGUCAAGUAGAUAUAAAAGAAGAGCACUAUUCCAAAUGUCAAGCCUGUGCUAGACGCAUCCAGAAAUACAUCACCAGGAAGCUUGGAGAGGACUGGAUUUUCUUGGUUCUGUUGGGACUGGUCAUGGCGUUGGUGAGCUGGGGAAUGGACUAUGCCAGUGCAAAGAGCCUACAGGCCUACAAGUGGAUGUACAAAGAGCUAAACCCGAAUAUUCCUAUGCAGUAUCUGGCGUGGGUCACAUACCCACUUGUUCUCAUUCUGUUUGCGGCCAUUUUUUGCCACCUCGUCUCUCCACAGGCUGUUGGGUCUGGGAUCCCAGAGCUCAAGACAAUUAAGGGAGUGGUCCUCAAAGAAUAUCUCACUCUCAAAGCUUUUGUGGCCAAAGUUGUGGGCCUCACAGCUGGACUUGGAAGCGGCCUGCCUGUGGGGAAAGAGGGUCCUUUUGUGCAUAUUGCUAGUAUCUGUGCAGCAGUACUCAGCAAGUUUAUGUCAAUCUUCUGUGGUGUGUAUGAGCAGCCAUAUUAUUACACGGAUGUCCUGACUGUGGGUUGUGCUGUGGGUGUUGGCUGCUGCUUUGGGACACCACUUGGAGGGGUCCUUUUCAGCAUUGAGGUCACUUCUACUUACUUUGCUGUGCGCAACUAUUGGAGAGGUUUCUUUGCAGCUACCUUUAGUGCCUUCAUUUUCCGAGUCCUUGCUGUUUGGAACAAGGAUGCAGUUACCAUCACAGCCCUGUUCAGAACUAACUUUCGCAUGGAUUUCCCCUUCGAUCUGCAAGAGCUGCCAGCAUUUGCUGUAAUAGGGAUAUGUUCUGGAUUCCUUGGAGCAUUUUUUGUUUAUCUUAAUCGUCAAGUGGUCCUAUGCAUCCGGCGUCAUACAGCUCUAAGCCAGUUUCUCACCAAAUACCGCCUCAUAUACCCUGGGGUUAUAUCCUUCCUUAUAGCAACUGUGACCUUUCCUCCAGGGUUUGGACAGUUCAUGGCAGGAGAGUUGAUGCCACGGGAAGCCAUCAGCUCUCUCUUUGAUAACUAUACCUGGGCAAAACACACAGGAGACCCCCAGAUCCUAGGUAAAUCUGCUGCCUGGAUCCACCCCAAAGUCAGUGUCUUCAUCAUCAUCCUGCUAUUCUUUCUCAUGAAGUUCUGGAUGUCUGUCAUUGCUACUACAAUGCCAAUCCCCUGUGGAGGCUUCAUGCCUGUUUUUGUUCUGGGUGCUGCAUUUGGACGUCUUAUUGGGGAAAUCAUGGCAUCACUCUUUCCUGAUGGGAUCCUCUUUGAUGGCAUUGUUUACAAAAUCUUACCUGGAGGGUAUGCUGUCAUUGGUGCAGCAGCUCUGACAGGAGCAGUCAGCCACACUGUCUCCACUGCUGUGAUCUGCUUUGAGCUGACAGGUCAAAUUUCUCACAUCCUGCCCAUGAUGGUAGCUGUCAUUCUUGCCAACAUGGUGGCCCAGAGUCUGCAACCCAGCCUCUAUGACAGCAUCAUCCAGGUGAAGAAGUUGCCUUACCUGCCAGACCUGGGCUGGAAUCAUAUAAGCAAAUACAAUGUCUUUGUUGAAGAUAUUAUGGUUCAAGAUGUGAAGUUCGUCUCCUCCAACUGUAAAUAUCGAGACUUGCAAACUCUGCUCCAAAGCACCACUGUUAAGACUUUGCCUUUGGUGGACUCACCAGAGACCAUGAUCCUACUGGGGUCUGUGGAGCGCUCUGAACUGCAGGCACUCCUCCAGAGACAUAUCAGCCCAGAACGGCGACGGUGCCUCAACAGAGAAAUGCAGCAGAAGCUAGCUGAGGCACCUUACAAUGGACACAGUAAGGGAUCAGGGGCAACCCCGCCAAAGCUGAAGCAUGAGUCUUUUGCUUAUGUUGAUGAGGAUGAGGAUACAGAUGAGAAGGCAGAGCUGCCCCUGCCACCAACUCCCACUUCUAGUUACCCAGAGGAGCCCAACGGCCCAACAAGUCCUGUUAAACAAACACACGAAAUUUUGGAGCCACAGCAACCCCCAGGCAAUUUCCGGAAUUUGAGGCAACUGAUCCAGCAGCUCUUGUGCCCUUUCAACCAUCCACUUGAAAGAGAAAGUGAUGUCCAGGAGCCAGUGGAACUCAUUGAUACAAUGACACCAGAAGAGAUAGAUGCUUGGGAACAGGAGGAGCUGAACAAGGAUGUAUGCUUUGACUGCUGCUGCAUAGACCCUUCCCCUUUCCAACUGGUGGAGAGAACUUCCCUGCACAAGACACAUACAUUGUUUUCAUUACUGGGACUCAGCCAUGCCUACAUAACCAGUAUGGGGAAGCUGAGGGGAGUGUUGGCUUUGGAAGAGCUUCAGAAGGCAAUAGAGGGCUCUACACGCUCUGGAGUUCGCCUCCGCCCUCCCCUUGCCAGUUUCCGUGACACAAACCGGACUUCAAUCAGCAGUGAGAAGAUCAGCCAGGCCACUCAGGCGUGGAACCAGCAAGACAGCUGCAUGGUGGCUGCACAGAAUGCAGCAGACUUGGGGACAGAAAGCCCACUACCUCCCUACUCACACUCCCCACAACCCUCUCACUUGCAUGAUGAAGGGGAAGGCCUGUACUCCAAUUAUGCCACUGAUACUGAUUUGGAAGAGAUGGAGCUGACAGGACCAGUUGCUGAAGACAUCUCAGACAUCCUCAAGGACAUAAGCCUACGCUCCACUGAUCUGUAUGAGGAUGAAGAUGAGGAUGAAGAUGUCCAUUUAUAACUGCUGUGAGCCCAUCGUGAUCUUCCGUUGAGCCAGUCUUCUCGUGCGUGCUCCUCAAACAGAAGCUUUUGGAUGCUCUCGGUAACCACAGAGGAUUGAUUCAGCUGGGGGAAGAAACACAGGACUGGCCCAUUUUUGCUGUUUUAUGUGCAAAUACCAGUUGGGUUAUUGGACUGUAUGGGUGUGUACAGGAGUCAGAUGUGAACUGCAAGGUGGCUAAGGGGCAGGCUCAUAAUGUUUAAGGCCUCUGCUUUCAGUUGAGGUGAGGUGUCUACACAACAUGUCACAAAGGAUAAUAAGAGGACAUGAAUAUUGCUGGACACAAUCAGCAUGCUCUGGGUCAAUCUGCUAUGUAAAAAGUGGAGGAGUAGCAGCUCUUCUCAUUCUCCAUUGGUGUCAUCCUUCCAGUCACACCUGACCUGCAUACACCAGUGCAAACCAGACCUCCAGCCAAAAAGCAUAUUGCUGCUUCUGUCUGCAAUCCUGUCCAUGUUGCCAUAGAUCCUUUUGGCUAGCUCUUACCUUGCACUCCCCAAAACAUUCCCAUCAAGAACAUUCUUCCUCUUUCUUAAUUUUUACUCUGGGAUUUUUCUGGGUGGAAGUGCAGUUAGGAGCUUCUCCUCUGUCCUUUAGCUGAACCAAGCCCUAAAAACAGGUGGGAGGAAAUAUAUUUGGUCUACAUCUCAUGUCUUGAAUUCAGCCACAGCUUUAAGAAAAGCACUGAAAGGGAGGAAAGACUCUUUGCUUUCCUAUCUCUGUAAUUUUUAAAUUGUACGUGGGAGCAUCCUCUGUGUUGGAAGAAGAGGAGUAAAACAGCAUGUAUGUGCCUGUAUUUCAAUAUCUGUGUUUGUCUCUCUAAAGCACUGUUCAAAAUUUUUACAGAGUUAUAGUCUUAAAAUACAAGAACUUAAAAUAAAUUUAAAAAUAAAGAACUAUGGAGUGUUAGCAGGCUGACAAGAAAUACAGCAGAGGCGAGCCACAUUUUCUACACUUUGAAAACAAGUUAUCUCUCAAGUAUGCUCUUUUUCCUGGUAAUUCAACCCUACCUACUUUCCACAUAUUUCUGCAUAGCUCAGAUCUGAGAAUUCCAGCUCUCGCUUUUGUCAGUGUCUCCACCAGGACUAAAAGCGAGACUUCAACCCUUGUCUGCAGCAUCCCUCUCUAUUCCAUAUUUAGAUUUGGAGGAGAUUUUGAUCUGUUUCCUGCAAAGAGAUGUCUCGUCACUUCAUUUCAUAGAUGCAAAACCUUUGCAUUCAAAGAUAAGAUGCUGCUUUAACUCAAUGUCCUUGUGGGGUUUCCUCAGUAAGUAUACAGAAUUUGAUUUUGUCUAUUCUGCAGCUUUCCUCUAACAUUCUACUUUUCUUUCAAUUAUGUUUUUGGUCUAGACACUUAGAUGCAGUCCCAAGCAGUCCCUUGGAUAUGUUUUCAUUUAUCAGGAACAGGGGAGAAAUUUAGGCUCUGAGACUAUGUUCUUGGGAGUAUUGCCUUGGAUAGUGAGCCACAUCCUCUUCCCUGAUAUUUAAAAAAGUUUAUCUUAUUCAGAGUGACCGGUUUCACCUGACAGAUGUUUUUCCCAAGGCUGUCUCAGAAGAAAGUCAAAAAUAGUUACAUCUAGCCCAGCCUCCCUAGGAAAAUUCUCUUUUGGCUUUAAUUCCAAGGACUGACCUUUUACCAAAUUCACUUUUAUGGUAGUCAUGGAUGGGGAAAUCUGUAACCAAGUGAUGGUAGAGGGAAAUCUACAUAGCUGGUCUCUUGGAGAGGGAGAGAUUUACUUUUGUUCUCUGAAAUUCAGAGCCCACCAGCCUACCGUGUAUUCUUUUACACAUGGUUCCUGUGUUUAAGCUAUCUAGGGACAGCCUUUCCAUGCCAAAGUGAUCUUCACUUCUCUGAAGGUCACCCUGUCCUUGUGAGAAGACAGUGGCAAUAUGAGGGCAAGUCUCUCAUUCACAGCAGCUGCCUGCCUCCACCAGAGGUUUGGGGCACAUAUCUGAUUGCCAGGCAUUAGAACACAGCCUUCCUGCUACCUUUGUGUCACCUUCCCCUGCCUGCAAAGAAGAGACAACACAACUGCUAUUUUUCCCAGGUAACUGUGAUAUUCCUAUGUAUAAGCAGAGGAGAAACAACAUUUCUUUUAUAUAUCCAUAAAUGCACAGUGAGUGACAACACUCCAAGACCAAAUCUGACCUGAGGGUCCACACAGCCUCAGGAAGGACGAGUUUCUCCAAGUCUGCUCCUACCUUAUUACCAGCAAGUACAGACUUGGUUCUGCCACAUUUUGCAGCUUAGCCAAACAAUUGCAAUGAAACAGAUAAGAUGGGAAGAAAUUUAGAGGCUAGAGUCAAUACACCUCCCCCAACUCUAGCCUGAAUAAAGAUAUAUGUUCUGCUCAAGUUCCUCACUUCUCUUAUGGUGUGUUACAGAAGAACAGAGAUUUGACUGGAUGAGAAAGCAGAUGGAGUCUAAAUCAAAGCCAGAGAGUGUGUGACUCACGACAGACAGAUUGUGGGCUGGGAGAAAUGAAGCUCGAACAAAAAUGAUUCACAUGGAAGGGCUUGGGAAGCUCACAGGAAGCCACAAGCUAACCUGGAAAAUUUCAUGUUUUGUCACUUGAGGGUAUAAGGACACAAACAUGCAUGCCUGCACAUGCACACACACAUAUCUCCUCCACUCCUAUUGCCCUUAGCUGUCCCAGAGGAAAUAUGAUGAAUUGGACUUCUUUUUGUGGGGAAGCAGAAAGACGGAUGUUGUUAGUGCUGCUCUUUAAAGACAUCAUUCAAGAUCCAUUACAGGUAUGCCCCAUCCCCACCCUUCGAGCAGAAGCAGUAUUCAUCUGUGCCACUUUCUCACCAGAGAAAAAGUAUGCACACAUGGAUGUGUAUAGGGAACCAGAAGGAAACAAAAAUAAAAAAAUUUAAAAAGUACUGCAAAAAUAGCUUGUGAUGUCUGGAGAUGUUUCCGCCUCCAUUUUUACUAAUAAAAUCUUCACUGAAUUGAUGCCAAGUACUUUAGUAAGUGUGAAAUGUGCAGUUAGCUGACUUUUGUCAAGAACUCUCUAAGCCUGCACCCCCUCAGGCAACCCAGUACUCCUAUCCCCCGCCUCCCACCCCAAGUUUAAACUUGAAACCUUUGUCCUGCAUACAAAGUGACAUUGAUCAGUCACUAUAAAACCUGCAUCUCUCAUCCUAUGAAAGUAGAGACUUGGCUAACUACCUACAAAAAAACAUUCUUCUCCCAAAUCAAGCUCUCCCCAUCAAUGAGACCUUCCUAUUCAUUUAGAAAAUCAAACCUCAGCUCUACCCAAAAAAAAUCCAAGCACAAGCCUUGAGAAACAAGAAGCUCUGAGACUGUUUUGAAUCACAAAAACUUGCCUUUGUCUUAAAUAACCUAUGCAGUUGCUUAGAAUCACUUCUAUUGGGCAAAGAUUCAUGUAACACUAAGCUUGUCACUAACACUGAAAGCACUAAAAUAGAACUGAUCUUGUUCAGCAUUUUUUGCUCCAACCACCUGCUGAACUACAUUUGGUACCCAACAUAUAGGGAAAUACUCGCGAAGAACACGAUAGUUAAAAAUCUCCAUCAGAGCAGAAAUUUUGGGGAAAUCACCACCACCACCAUACACACACAAAAAAAAACCACCACCCUUUUGCCUUCUAUCUUCAAGAAAAAAUGUAGUCCUAAUCUCAGCUAAUUGCCAGAUUACUGAUUUUCAGCU